GCUCUACUUCUUGCUCAUUACCAACCCUGAAGUACUUUAAGGGAGGUUUAUGACGGGCAGAAGUAUUUAGCAUUGCGCGUUGAAGGACUCUAGGCUCCCCUAUACACUCUUAGCCUCUUUCGCACGUCCGUUGAUCCAGGACCCUGUGCACUACCUAUCCUAGAGUUCUUCAACGCCUUAUACAUUAGCUAAACCAACCUGCAUCAACCCUUAAAGCUCGCUAGGCUCCUGUCUACCCAUGACCUCCAAACUAUCCUCCUUCCCUCACCUCUCGACGCCAGAAUUCGAAUCAGCAUGCACUUCUCUCCUCCAUAGCUUCAACCAGCACAGCCAUCUCCAACACGACUGGAUAUCCGCUGAGCUCAUUCACCAACAUGAGUCGAAGUACCUUCGGAUAACCAGACCCCUCCCUUCUCCAUCUACAACUGCGGUUUCAGAAGUGCCCGAAAUGGAAGAAGAAAACGACGACGAAGCACUCCAGGCUCCAUUCCCAACAGCCCAAGCGGUUGUCCAGUACGACAUCCUUCUUUCGCCCACAUAUCGCGUACCUGCGCUGUAUGUCAGCAUCAAAGACACGCUGCAUCGGUAUCCGCCGACUAUGGAUACGCUGUAUCGGCAUAUUAUUCCUCCGGUUUUUCAGUCGCAGACCAAGGACGUGGGCGUGCUGGGCGGCAUUACAAUCACGGAUCAUCCCAUUACGAAUUCGCCGGAGUUCUUUGUCCAUCCUUGUCAAACUGCGGCGGUGAUGGAAGCUAGUGCUGCCGGAAGAGACGUCACGGCGGAGGAGUAUCUGCUGCUGUGGAUAGGGUCGCUGGGGAAGUGUGUGGGCUUGAAUGUGCCGAUAGAGCUUGUCAUAAGGGAGAAAGGGAAGGGAUGAGUUCUAGUCAUUGCGUUGAUAUCCAUAUUGUCAUUGAACUCCAUAUACCCCUGCACAUAGCCUCGCAGCUAGAAGAUAUCCUCUAAACUCCGAUAGAGGGAAGGAGAUCUCGUCGUCACCGUAUAUACCAC